AUGUGGCCAGCGCUUUUGGCAGUUUUGAUCUCUGCGUAUGCUGUGUGGUGCGGAGAUAGUCUUACAUUAAUUGAUGAGUGUGAUUUCAUCCCAAAACUUCCGAAUUCCAACGACUGGGAUUUUGUCAUUCAGAAUCCAUACAAGGGUGUGGUUGAGGUUUUGCGAUCGCCAACAAAUAAAUUUCAGGUUCUCCUUAAUGCCUCAUUUGAAGAAAACCAUGAUUGGGGCUUGUAUUACACGCUUAGAACAGGAAGCAAUGAAAUGUUUCUGCAGCUGUCCACCAGGGUGGUUCAGCAGCGGGUCUACACGGACACCGAGGAAGACACUGUGUAUUUGCAGCUCCUUCUCAUCACCAUUGCCUCAUUGGUUUUAGUCGUCUUUGUUGUCUCCAUCAUUUUUUCUUGUUGGUGGAUUAAAAGCCGCCAGGAAAAUCUAGAGCCCGGAUUACAGAUAUUUUUUGUGCUCGGCCAACAAAUCAACUUUCAUCUCAAGCAUCUUUUUUCGAAACUUGUGGUGAAAGAGGCUACUGACCGCAUUAGGCCGGAAUACGCAGAAAUUUGUCGUCUCGAUGGAAAUGACACAUUGAACGCGGACGGUGAAAUUGAACUAAUUUCACUGGGACAAAACAUUUUCAACUCAUAUGAAAACGACACUGUCAAGAGUAAGGUUACAGGUGGUGAAUAUACCACCUUCACAGCGUUGGCCGGUUCAAAGGAAAGUGCCGAGGAGGGAAGGGAAGGUACUAUGGACGGUGCCAAACCGUCAACAGAAGCCAACGCCACUUUGCCGGGCACGACACACACCCUUCCACGCUACAGCAUUGCGGGAAACAACGGAGCAGGAGGUAGUGGUGCUGCAGUUAUUGGGGUUCCGCCCUCCAUCAUUUCAUCCACAGUAGCUUCAACGGUGAAUACGUUUGGAGCGUCCCUUCCACGGAUGUCUGGUGUGGAGGGCGUUGGAAUGACCGGUCUGAAACUUGGGCAAUCCUCUACAACAGGAAGAACGCGCCAUAUGGCGAAGGAAUUCCUGGACGAAUCGGUAUUGAAUACAGCGGCCCGCAAGUUAAAGGGAUCCAACGAACAAACCAUGCGACGUCCACCGCUGUCGAACAUAGUCUCAACUGCUGGCACCGCCAGCACAGCACCGCAACAGGUCAUUCUUCUGCCCGCGGCUUCCACGGGAACUGCUGGGGGUGAACAGGCGUUCCUGCUGGCGUCGACUGCUGAUGGAAUAAUGCGACCCCUUUCACCGAUUCGCGUUGUGGAGGCCAUUGAACCCUCCGCCUCGGUAUUGAACCCUUGUGCGAUUCACCCCGCCGCGGGUACCGCUGCUGCAACGCCGGGAGCGACACUGUUCGUUCAGGUCGACUCCACGCAGACGCCAGUCGCCAGUACAGAGCUUCAACGCCUCAGUCCUUCGCUACACACCACUGCCAGUGGAGUGCCAAUCCUGACGGACGAAUUUCUUGCUGAAAUGGCCGCCUGUCCACAACACAGCUACCUCCUGCGUCAGCAGAUGAGCACCACAUUUGAGGCCUCUCCACCAAUCGCUGCUGUCACUGCUGCUGCCGCUACCCCGGCGACUAAUAUUGUCGGCGUGUCAGUGGACCCCACGGCAGAUGUCACGUAUCCAUUCGAAGCACCACCGGCGCCUGCGUUGAGGCGAAGAAGUCAUGAUCUCCUAGAAUCUUCGGCUGACAAGCCUUCGGCCUCCGGGAGGGACACUGCAGUUGAAGUCGUGGAGGAGGCAAGCCAAACACCCUGUAAACCCUCUGAAUCGACCAGUCAGCGACCGGUAUCUCCAGGCUACUCGGAGACACUUCCCAGAACCAUCGGUCGCAGUUCUUCCCAUUCCAACAGCAUAGAAAGUGAGCUCAAUAAACCGGGCUCAUCGGCAACCCUUCCAGUUGGCAGUAGUUCAACUGGAGCUCGAAAAUCCGCUCUCAAAGGUGCCAGAGGGUCAAAGAUCAGCAAACAAAUUCGCUUCACUGUGCUCAACAUCGUGGCGAUUUCUUGCAUCGUGACGGUUGCUAUGGCGACAAAAACGGUUGAUAAUACUGCUGACGGGGAGGGCGGUGUGCAGGUUAUGAAUGUGAUCCGCUUCCCGGCUACUUCUGUUGAUGCAAACUCAACUGAAAGUCUUGGUGGACCACCAGGUGGUCCACAACUGCGAAUCACCAUCUGGAUACCCACCUACUUUAAUCUGGGUGAGGCAGAGGUGAAGCACUCCAUGGGAUCGGAUUCGGUGAGCAAUAGUACGUUGGGGAGGAAACCACCAAAAUCGAUUCAAUUGUGGCUCAACAGGACCAGUCGAACGGAGGUCCGCCUGGGCCCCAAUGUGCAUCGGAGUGCUGUGGAAAUUUAUGGCAAGCGAGAAACCUCAUAUUACCUCAUGGCGCAUGGAGUGUACUGGCACGCUUGUCGCCUCCUCUUAGCGUCGGCAGGUCUUAUCUCCUACAUACCUGGCAAUGCCUAUGUCAAAUCAUUUGACCCAAUAGCUUCAUCCAAGAGGCCAAGGAGGUCACUAAAGUUGAAUGGUGUUAUGCUUACUCAACGCUUACGCUAUGUCACUAUUAAUGCAGCUGACAGCAAGUUCUGGGCUCUGAGAAUUGGAACACUAGAGGCACAUAGAAACCGCUCAUUGGCACCAAUUGGAAAGGAAGAGCCCGUGUACUUAAACGCAUCCAAACUUGUCAGUCCGAACUUUUUAUUAAAUGGCUUGUCUACUCCUCCAGAUGCAGUGGAUGCACGAUGGAUUCAGAGCACCCGCAGUUGUCGACAGCGCUAUGUGUGCGAUCAUUCUUGUGACCCUGGUGCGGGUCAUGCGUGCAUUUGCCAACGGGGCUACCGACCGGCUGGACCCGAAGAUCGGUCGCGUCUCAUUGGCUACGGCAGUGGUGCGGCAGACGGAAUUAAAGGUCAAGGUCGAGUCUGUCUAGACGUCGAUGAAUGCGAGGAUGCUGCAGUCCGCGCAGAAUGCACGCAACGCGGUGGAGUUUGUACAAACCGCCCCGGGGAUCAUCAGUGUCUCUGCCCUUCGGGACGCACGUGUCUUCAAGAGUAUGGCUUUCUUCCUGUUGAAGUUCUCGCAACCCCUAGAGUUGUAGGCGGUUUGGUCUUCAGCAGGAUGAGAUCAGUGGUUCCCCUUGGAAUUCUCUUACUGGCUGUCUGUGCCUCACUGGCCGUCUGCAAGCCGGCGUUGGAUGCGAGGACCGGUGAGUCACUCCCCACCCGUCGGCAUGAAUGCUACCUCAACGAGCAAGACAUGGGGGUAGCAAAGAUGCACAUUUUCGAGCUUAUCGACAAGGUCUUCACAGCCAUUUGCAAGUGUAAGGACCGUGGUGCUUCCCUAGCUGAAUGCGAGUUGACUGCGUUCGUCAAGGUCAACGGCACUAGUGACGGUGAUCAUUCAAGCAGAAGUGGGGUUGGUGACCUGAAACCUGAAAUCCAAAUCAUAGACUCACGUCACAGGGAGUAUCCUCAACCACAAUCUGAAACCUCAGAUGCCAUGCUGCAAUAUCGCACUGACCAACCGUACAUUCUGCGUCCGUAUCCCUACCCCUCCGGGAAGUCCCCUUCUCACUUCAAAUCACAGCUGCAGAGACCUGAUAAAUCUCCCUCCUCAUCGGGAAGGAUUGCUGACCAGCCGACUAUUCACCGUCCCGUGUGGCCAAGUGUUGAUUCACGUUUUGUAAGGGUGAUGCCCUAUCAACCAAACCUUGGGGAAUCUAAUGCAACUUCCUCUUCCCCGAAAAUAGUCGCUGCACGCCCAACUUUCAAGUUCCUCACGCUUUCAGAUUUUGAUGCGCAUUCUGAAGAGUCAAGAGUAGAAAGUGAUUCGACCGAAGUGCUCCAUAAAGAAGGCAACGAUGAUGGUCAUCAUCAUCAUCGUGUUGCAGCGAUGCACAGACUUGUUAAUCCCACUUUCAUAAAACGCCCAAUCUCUAGAAGCCGAAAGAACUCAGGUUUUAUCCACCUCAAUGUCUACCUUAAUUUUGUUCUCCAACGGUCUACUCUGUUUAGGCUGCUAGUGCAAUGUGACGAAAAGGUGUUAACCGCAUUGAGCGUGGUGAAGCAUUUUCAGAAGAAUAUGGCGAAUGGGGAGGAGGCGAAACUUUUCCCUUCCCAUCCUAAACCCUUGUCACUUGAAUCCAGCACCAAGAGCCACGUCCUAUCUCACCCCAAACGUUGUUAUAAUUAUGAAGACAUUGAAGCAGUAAAAUUGCAGCUAUACACGCAUAUCAAUGACAUUAUUGAGGACAUUAUGGAGUGUAUCAAGAGCGGUAUCCCUAUUGAACGGUGCAAGAUGGAAGGUAUCAGGCGGAGAGAUGGGAGGCACCAUGAAAAACUGAGUAACGGAAAGGCUGUGACUGUUGACUCGAGAUGUCUUAGAGGAGAAAAGGACAAAUCAAACGGUAGCAGUCAUUUCGUAAGUGGUGGACCCUAUUCUGGAUCCAGUGGUAAUGGUAGAAUUGGUAGCUACACAGGAAACGAGGUAUUGAAUUCUGCAUCCUAUGAGUUUGGAAGAGGUGGGGACUAUCCAGGAGAAGAUGCUGAGAGUGGUGAAUACAACGAAUCUCUUCCUGAAUCCAACAGCUAUGGAGAAAGAAGUGGUUAUAUGGAAAAUGACGAGUCCGCUUUUGAAGCCAAUGGUUAUGGGGGAAGUAAUAGUUACACAGGUGACGAUUUACCCGGUGUCUACAGUGGAAGCGGCAGUUAUUUAGAGAGCCAAAAACCCUAUCCUGGAUCUUACAGCCCUGAUGGAAGUAGAGGGUCUUGUGGAAGCAGUGAAUGCUCUGAUUUCAUUGGUACUGGUGGCUAUCCAGAAUCCAAUAACAUGAAUGUCAGCCUAGGCAGUCGUCAAACCCUGUCUAACAAGCACUCCGUCGGGGAUAAAUUUACGACCCUGGCGCAAUAUCCAAUUCUUCCUCCUUUAAUGUUGUCUUUUCUUUCGCGCGAUGUUUCUCGGCUGGAUUCGGAAUUCCUCCCGAGGGAAGCCCCCUAA